UCGGAGAACUUCAGAUUUACAUUUUUGAGAAGAUGGCAUGUUCCACAAACUUCGUCACUUCGUCAUGUGGGCAGAUACUGUUUCUGUUGGUGUGUUUGCUGCAAGCUCGUAUUUAUCGAGGUGCAUCAAUUCAUCUUUCUGGAUCUUCUACUUACGUAGAGUUGAAUCAGACGUUUGUGUUCACCUGUACAGUUAAACAGGCAGCUAAUCUUAAUGACAGGAUAGUGUUUUACAGAAAAGUUAAUUCGGUUAUGACAAUCCGCCAGAAGAUGGCCACAUGCUAUAUGUUCAGUGGUAUUCCCAAGGGCUACAAUGCAUCCUGUGGAGCUGGAACAGACAGCAUUACCUCUGUCACUAAGAACUAUACUAUUGUGAUCAAUAAAGCUGCUGACAUUGAUGAUGAAAACUGGUGGUGUGAACUGAAUGACGUUUAUAAAGUCAGCAACACUAUUUUUCUUCAUGUUUACUAUGGCCCAGAUCCAGGCAGUAUUAAAUUCAAUUCUACUAUAUUUGUCGAAGAGGGUCACGAUAUGACUGUGGACUGCACUGCUGACUGUAACCCACCAUGUGACUAUGUCUGGGCACUGGGUGAUAAUCAUAUCACAACAAGUCCUCUGUUAAAUCUGACAGACCUCAGCAGGAAUCAGGACGGGAAUGUCUACAACUGUACUGUGACCAACUCUGCUGUAGCAAGAUCUAUAAGUAAAAACUAUACACUGGAAAUCUCCUAUGAUCCAGAACGCAUGUCUGCCUUAAGUGCAGGUGUUAUAGCGGGAAUUCUGAUCGCUGUUGCUCUGGCUCUUGCUAUUCCUACUGCAUGGAUACUUUAUAAGAGGAAAAUAAAGAGGAAAGCUGAAGAUGUGCAGAACGAAUCUAAUAACUAACGGAAACCAAAAUCAAGACCACAACCCUGCAUGUAGUAACCAAAUACGGAAGACAGAAACAUGCUAACGCUAGAGCGUCACAUUUUUUGUUUUUGAUUCGUAUGAAACUGUAUCAGUAAAGGCUUUUUAUUAUUAUUAUUAUUAUUUAUUUAUUUUUGCUACAGAUUGUGUUACCUUUCAGUAUUCGAGUAUUUUAUAUUUUGUUGUUUUUUAAAAUAAUUUUAUAGCUCAAAUUAGA